AUGAGAGAUUUGAAGCAGUUGCUGGAAAAAGUUCAAACUCAAUCCUUGAGUUCCGAAAUCCACAAAAUAGAGGGUCCAUUUGCUAAAAUAUUUGUCGCAAAGUUGUCAAUAGAAGAAGCACAUAAGGUAAAAGACCUUGACAAUGUUGAAUUUGUUGAAGAAGAGACAUUUGCUGAAGCUUCAAUUUCAUGGGCACUGGAUCGUAUUGAUCAAGUCAGUCCAGUAUUAGAUGGUAUAUUUGAACCUGGACGAGACGGAGAAGGUGUUGACAUUUACAUUUUAGAUACAGGUAUUAAUUAUGAUCACUGUGAGUUUGAUGGUAAUAGAGCUGUGUAUACUGGAUAUGACCCUGUUGACAACUAUUACAGAACUAACCAAAAAGGUCAAGAUUGUAAUGGACAUGGAACUCAUGUAGCGAGUCUUGCUUGUGGAAAAUAUUAUGGUGUUGCCAAAAAAGCUAACUGUUAUAGUGUUCGUGUAUUAGGAUGUAGUGGUUCAGCACCUUGGAGUGUGGUUAUAGAUGGAUUAAAUUCUGCUGCGACAAAUAUCACCAAUAAGAUUCCUCGUCGUCCUGCUAUCAUUUCAAUGUCAUUGAGUGGUUCAAAUACUAGAUCAGUUAACAAUGCAAAAAAUAUUGUUAACAUGGGAAUACCAAUUGUUGCAGCUGCUAGCAAUGAUAGAGAUGAUGCUUGUAAUUAUAGUCCUGCUAGUGCACCAGAAGUUAUUACUGUUGCUAGCUCUGCUCGAGGAGAUAAUGUGUCUUUCUUCACAAAUGGUGGUUCUUGUGUUGAUAUAUUUGCUCCUGGCUCAGAUGUAACAGCAGCUGAUUAUGGGUGUGAUGGAUGUACAUGUACAACAACUCUGUCUGGAACAUCAAUGGCUACUCCUUUAGUUAGUGGUGCAAUAGCACUAUACUUACAAGAGCAACCACUACUGACUCCAUCUCAGAUUAUGGAAAAACUAACUGAAGAUUGUUUAAUGAGUCUGUGGUUUCAAACACGUCGAGUUAUUCGUGCUACUCCUGGAAUAGAGACAACAGGUCAGUAUAUGGUUGCACUGAAACAAGAUACAGUCAUGAGAGAUUUGAAGCCAUUGCUGAAAAAGUUCGAACUCAUCUUUGAGUUCCGAAAUUCACAAAAUUGA